AGUCCGAGGAGUAGGUGGAGAGCCAGGUGUCUGCAGCUGGGCUUAAGAGACAGAAGUCAUGACCCAAGAGCAACUGUGGCAGGUCCUGGAUCCAUCCUGGGGAGACGUUCGUGCCCUCUGGGCUCUGCUGUGCAGCUCAGCUGCAGCUGUGGUGCUUCUGAAAUGGCUGGGAAGGAGGCAGGUCCAGCAGAAGAUGGAUGAGGCAAGGAAGUCUUGGCAGCUGGCCCUGGAGAGAAUGGAGAAGGCAGCUCACAGGCUUAAACAAGAGAACCCAGACACCCAGACCUCGCAAAUCCUCUCGUUGACAAUGGUGGAGCUGGCAGAGAAGCUGAAGGAGGGGUCCCUGUCCCCAGAAAGGGUCCUCUACUCCUACAUGGACAAGGCUUUGGAGGUGAAUCAGGAGGUGAACUGUGUGACAGACUUCAUUCAUGGAUGUGAGGAUCAGCUCCAGAAACUGAAGAAGCAAAAGGAGAAGGGGCUGCUCUAUGGCAUUCCCAUCAGCAUCAAGGACCACAUUAACUGCAAGGGCCACAUCUCCUCUGGAGGGAUGGUGAAAUUUCUGGGCCAGGUGAAGGAAGAAGACAGCGUCAUUGUCCAAGUUCUAAAGUACCAGGGGGGAAUCCCAUUUGUGAAAACCAACAUCCCACAGACCAUGAUAAACUACGACUGCAGCAACCCCAUCUUUGGGCAGACAUUGAACCCUCUCAACCCCCAGAAGAGCCCCGGGGGCUCCUCGGGAGGGGAGGCAGCUCUGAUCACAGGGGGAGGCUCCAUCCUGGGCAUGGGCUGACAUGUGGCUGGCAGCAUCUGCCUGCCCUCCAGCUUUUGCGGGCUCUGCAGCCUCAAACCCACAGGCAACGGGAUCAGCACACAGGGAGUCAUUGGUGCUCUCAUAGGAAUGCAAUCAGUGAUGGGCAUGCUGGGGCCCCUGGUGAGGGACGUGGACAGCCUGGCCCUGUGCAUGAAGGCUCUGCUCUGCCAGGACAUGUUCCAGCUGGACCCCACCGUGCCCCCCAUCCCCUUCAAGGAGCAGGAUUACACCAGCUCAAAGCCUCUUUGCAUCGGGUAUUACGAAGGAGAUGGUUACUUCCAGCCCUCACCUAGCAUGAAACAGCCCGUCCAGCACACGAGGAAGCUCCUCCAGGAUGCAGGGCAUACGCUUGCUCCCUUUGCCCCGCCAAAGAUUGACUACAUGGUGGAUGAGCUGUUCACCAGAGGGAUUUUCUCAGAUGGGGCCGCCCACCUGGUGGACUGCUUCAAAGGAGACAUUGUAGAUCCCAACCUGAAAUUCCAGUACAAUACUUACAGGCUUCCUGCUCUGGUGAUCCUGGCUAUCAUUUUGAAACCCAUAUACCCACGAAUUGCUCGGGAUGUCAGCGCUCUCUGUGGAGUGGGAUCUGCCAAAAACCUCUGGGAUCAGCAUGGAGCAGUGGCAGCUUACCACACUGAGUUCAUGGCCAAGCAGAGGCAGCUGAGGCUGGAUGUGAUCCUUUGUCCCGUGCUGGGCAGCCUUCAACCAGGCUACGCUGGGAAGCUCUUUGCUGCAAGCUCCUACACCAAUCUGUACAAUGUGCUGAACUUCCCUGCUGGGGUGGUGCCGGUCAGCACGGUCACGAGAGCCGACAAAGAAGAACUGAAGCACCACCGAGGGCACCACGGAGACCCCUGGGACAAGAGGCUGAGAGAGGCUGUGCAAGGAGCCGUGGGGCUGCCCCUGGCCGUGCAGCGCGUGGCUCUGCCGUGGCAGGAGGAGCUGUGCCUGCGCUUCAUGAAGGAGGUGGAGGCUCUUGCCCGUGGCAUGAAGAGAAACCUGUGA